AUCUGUCUUUUAUGAAAUCAAUAAAUGCAAGGCGCUUGUAAAACCAUAAGUCUCUCCUUUAUCAAGAGGCUGAACCUCUUUCUAAGUAAACCAAAUGUAGUGUAAUGCAGUAGCAGCCUGUAGUUCGUAAACAUUACACUCGAUCUGGUUACAAGGACUAGUUAUUUGUAAUCAUCUUUGUCUUUCUUUUGUCUGUGUUACUUUUUGUCUUGUCUAGAACUGUCUAUGUUUAAGAUUGUGACUUACCUUUUUUCCUGUUUUCGUUGAUAUUUUUAUUAAAAAUAGUGUAUUUUUCCUUCUGUUCAUUAUUUUCGUGGAUGCAAUAUCUUUAAAAUUGACAUUUGUUUUUCAAUCUCGUGUUUCAAAUAGCGUUCUCUUCCAAUCUCCUCAUUGACUUACACCAUUAACGUUAUUUCAUCUCAAUAGUGGCAUUUACUUCUAUCUUCGAGGGUAGAGAAAAUUAUGGGUUCAGUCAUGAAAUCUUCUGGUUUGACUUUGAAUCACAAGAAAAAGCAUAGUACUUUUGGUAGAAGGGUAAGGAAGGAUAUAGCCACUUCUGGCCAAUCGACUGACCCCGAUAGUGUUAAUAACAAUUUGGAACAAGAACUAGCGGUUAAGGAAUCAAUCAGCCCAGACGAUGUUGUCAAAUUAAAUAAGAUAACUGAAGGUUAUCUGUGUCCACUUGAGGCCAAUACUUAUGAUAUUGAGUUCACUCGAUUUAAAAUUCGUGAUAUGGAAACUGGAACAGUUUUAUUUGAAAUCUCCAAGCCAUCUGAUGCUGUUGAUGAAGGAUCAUUAGAUGACACUGAAGACGGUCAUGAUGGCAGAUUUGUUCGUUAUCAAUUCAAUUCCCAGUUUCUCAAACUUAAAACUGUUGGUGCAACCGUUGAAUUCACUGUUGGGGAAAAGCCAGUGAACAAUUUCCGUAUGAUCGAGAAACACUUUUUCCGAGAUGUUUUACUGAAAACAUUUGAUUUCGAGUUUGGAUUUUGUAUUCCAAACAGCAAAAACUCAUGUGAACACAUUUAUGAGUUUCCCACCUUACCUGUUGAUCUCUGCGAAGAAAUGAUCAGAAAUCCAUAUGAAACACGAUCGGACAGCUUUUAUUUCGUUGAUAACAAGUUAAUUAUGCACAACAAAGCUGAUUAUGCCUACACCGAGACACCGUCUUAAUGAUGACGCUAUUAGUAGAUCACUAAUUAUCACAAUGAUUACAUUUUAAAGGAAACAUUUCAAUAUGGUUGAAAUGUUCAAGUCACCAGUCCUUACAAUUAUCACAAUUCAUCUUCUAAUCAUCCAUCAUUUGAAUAUAUUUAAAUUUCGUAGAUAUUUGUAAUUAUGAAACGUGGUUCUGAUAAAAGGCAAUAAGUGAUGGUCAAGAUAUCAUUUAAAUGUAUCAAAUCUUUUUUAAACCAUUCUAGUUUCAACAGUAAUCUCAAUAAAUUAACUUAAAUUUGGGUGAAAUGAUUUUGUAAACAUAUUGUACAAUUUUACUUCAAAAGUAAUGUAUUAAUAGUAAUGUGAAUAUGCUCAACUUGAUUAUGAUAAAUGACAUAUUAAACGGUAAAAUCAUAUUUACUUCAAUCAUUAA